AUGCUUACAUUAUUUCCAAAACGACCUGCGAAAAAGUCGCUACUUUCGCUCCCCGACGAACUACUUACUCAGAUCGCUCUUUACGUGCGCCAAACCGAAACAUGGCGAUGGAAGUUAAUCCAGGAUAUCCCCGUACCCCUCAUCGAAAGUCAAGAGAUCCCGGUGGAAGUAUAUAGGGAGAAUAUUAAUGGCCACCGCGACUUUGAAAGAUACAAACCAGACCCUGCGGAGCUUGAGGGUCUGAUGGGAAGUUGUAGGAGACUUCGGGACAUUGUUUAUCCGCUGUUUUACGAAAGACUGUCAGUUGCAGAUAGAGCUCCAAAGUCGGGGUUUGAAUCUGAAGGCGGGAUUCAAAAGAUUGCGAUAGCUGUUGUACCGCGGUUUCUGGAGAUUAUUCAAACAGACCCCAAAAGAUCAGAAACUGUCAAAAUCCUUUCGAUCGAAGAAUGGUGGGAGACGGAUCUUUGGUCUAGUUCGUAUUGGGGAGGGAACGCGACACGAGGCCAACGGGAGGAAGCACAAAAGGGCAAACAAGUCGAAUGGCAGCGAAUGAUCCAAGUUUUGAAUAAGAUUGCGACAGAUCUUGGGCUUGGCGACCAAAAAUUUCUGGAUGCUAUUGCGGAAGGGAAGUCGGACAUGAUUCUGACGCUUCUGAUAUAUAGCCUACCGAAUUUGGUGGAACUGAAGUUUAGAAAGGACGCAUCGCAUAGUGGUUCAUACGCCUCACGGUUUAAGCCGCCGUUGUUGCUCGAAGAAGCAUUCAAUACGAGACCACCUAGAUGCGAGAGCACAUUAACGAAAUUCGAAUAUGGAAACGCCUGGGGGGCAUCUGCUCGGUCAUGGUGCCCAAUGUCAUUCCAGUUGUUAGAAUUCCCUGCAAUACAAUAUUUCACAGCAUUUGGGUUACGACCUUCCGAACAGGAUGAGGAGGGCGUAGUUUACGAUAAGGAAUUUGGAUGGGGCGACAAAGAUAUUGCAAACUACGAUCAGAUGGAAGGCAGGGUCAAAAUCUUCAAGUCUAACGCCGGUCGAUUCUCGAGACCCACUAGCUUCAUUGUCGGAGCUACUACAGGAAAUACAGAAACCGACUGCAUGUGUCACACACUUGGGGAUGACGCUGGCCCAAUGUGUAUAUGUUGGGUUCCCCAGAAAGGAAGCUGCGAAAUCAAACACAUGGCAAUCGACGACUUUGCUACAGCUGGAAUCCACCUCGACAAAGUUAUAUGUGCGCCGAAAGCACUAGAAUCGCUACAUCUUAUGCGCGGGUGGCACUACGGAGCCGAACGAAUUUCAAUCGGAAACGCUGUUCUCUCCCACUCAGCAUCACUAACCAGCUUCAAAAUCGACUUUGGAGGAGUAUACGGCCGCCUUCUCGUUCGUGGUUUAAUAAACCUUACACAUUUGGAAGUCGAAAAUCGGAUAUUCCGAAGCGAUGGAGCGGUAAAUCUAGCUGUUCCGGCAGAAAACCCAAACACAUGGCUACCACCUACGCUUGUUUCUUUGAAGACGUUUUGUUCGAGAGCACGAGGGGUUUGGUAUCACUGCUCGCCUAUUGGCGAGGUACUACGAACUCUGUUGCCAGAAUCAUUACCGAAUCUGAAACAUGUAUCGAUGCAGGCAUUUGUAAAUUCUAUGCCACUUAAAGAGUUCAAAACAACACAUAGUAUGCUAGGCGAGAGGAGUAUUAGGUUUGAGUAUUCAUAUCUUCAAACAGAGUCUCCAAAAUGCCUAUCAAAAGAAAGAGGGAAACGCUUCUUUGGGCUCAACGACCGAUCUGGGAAGGGAGAUGUUGUUUCCAGGGUCGUUGGGCAUGUGAAAAAGCUGAGCCUCAGAAAAGUCAGGUAG